AUGGACAACAAGAAGGCAACAGUCGUGGAGGAUCUUCAUAGACCAGCUCGACGAAAUUAUCCACGUCAACGUGUUGAAGUUUGCGGGCUGGAUGAGACGUGGCAGGCAGAUCUUGUGGACAUGAGUGCCUUUUAUCGUGAAAAUGGAGGGCCGUGUCCCACAGAAGUUACAUGUGAUAGAGGCAAAGAAUUCUACAAUAGUCAAUUCAGGCUUAUGCAGAAUUAUACCAUUACUAUGUACUCAACAUUCAGUAACCUCAAAGCAUCCAUCUGUGAGCGAUUCAAUCGCACGCUCAAGGAGAAAAUGUGGAAACAGUUCAGUUUGCAAGGGACAUACAAGUGGAUUCUCAUUGUCACGAAUUUGGUUCAGUCCUAUAAUAACACCAAACAUCGCACAAUUAAAAUGAAACCGAAGGAUGUUACUGCCGCUCAUGAGAAGUACCUCUUACAUCACGUCUUUGGGCAACUCAAAACUCAUAAUACAAAAAAAAUCAUGUUUAAAGUUGGAGAUAAGGUGCGCAUCAGCAAUACGCCCAAUUUGACAACGGAAAUAUUCACGAUAAGUCAAGUUGUGAAAACCAAUCCUGUCACCUAUAAACUCACGGAUUAUGAGGAUAACCCAAUUGAAGGUGGAUUUUACCAAGAGGAAUUAACGAGAGUUACGAAUCCUGAUGUUUAUCUCAUAGAGAAAAUCCUUCGAAGAUGUGGAAAUAAAGCCUUUGUUAAAUGGCUAGGUUUUGAUAGUUCUCAUAAUAGUUGGAUAAAUAAAGAUGAGUUAUAA